UCUUAUAACCUGAGCCAGUGGGUCUAGUCAUUAUUUGCUUUUAAGAUAUCUAUAAUUUAGUUUUCACUAGUCAAAACUACAUUUCUCCUAUCCAAAAGUACAUUUAAGAUAUCUUGAAUUAUGGAGUCAUUAGAGAUAUCUUUAAUUACAAUUAUGACUAGUCAAAACCAAAAUCGAGAUAUCUUGAAUUUACUUUAUGACUAGCCAUAAUUUAAUUGUAAAUAUCUGAAAUAUGUAUUUCAGAUGGUCAGUAAUUCAUUUUUGAUAUCUUUAACUGAAGUCUCCAUACAAGUCAAUGGUAAAUCUGACAUCAUUUCGACUAGUCAGAAUGUAAUUGGAGAUAUCUCAAAUAGUUAUUUUGUCUAGUAGAAAUAUAAUUAGAGAUAUCUUGCAUCGCUAAAACGUCUAGAUGCAAAACAAUUUGAGAUAUCUGGAAUGUAAGGGCAGUAAAACCCAAUUUAUGCUAAAACUGCUUGCCAUAAAAACUGUAUUUGCUUCUUUAAAAAACGUCUUAGAAAGUCCACAUACCCAGGAUGCUCAACUGACUUUUUUUUUUUCUUAAAUACCAAGAAAGUCUAACGCCACUGUUUUCAUCUCCUUUUUGCCUUUUUUUACCUGAACUUACUAAUAGGAACCAUUUGUGCUGUGCUGAAGUCUUUACUGUAUGUAACAAGAAAUCAGCUGUCCAACAGUAAAGGCUGGAAUAAUGAAGUUAGGCCAAAUUAUAAGACAAAGAUAAAUGUACUGUGGAGGCAAAAAUCGAAAGCUAUUCAGUGACAAGUCUGCAAAAAAUGGAAAAACAGAAUAAUAGUCUUUAUUAUGCUGUAGCAGGUAAAAUAAGAAACCAUUUUCUAUGGACAUUUGUAGGAUACAUUGCACAUCAUAUUCAACUAAUCACAACACUUCAAAUGGAAGACAAGUUAGAAAAUUUCCAAAAGGGCCAGAUACUUAAUUUCAGAAAACGUAUUCAUGUCCAAGCUGGACUGUGGGACAUAAUUCACCAAAUUCAUUUUCAGCUUUCAAAUUUAUGAAACAAAAAUGUAUGAAACGGAACUAAAUUGUUAUUAUUAUUUUUUAAAUUACCCAUUUCAAAGUCUGACCUGGGCCUCCUUAAAAUUACGUCACAGAAACUUUACAACAAAUCCCAGCAGGCGUCGGUGAACUGAGCCAACGAGGCAAAGCGGAGUGAGCUGAGAUGCCAGAGGCUGAUGUGAAGAAUUCCAUUCAUGCCAAAGAUGGUUCUAAAUAUGGACUCUGUGUGUGUGUUUUUCCCUUUUCUAUAAUUAGUUGCCUAUAUUUAUUUAUGUGCAUAACAGCCUAGUUUUUCAGUGACUAAUGCACAUACCCAGGCAAUGUCAAAUAUUCUGUUUUCAUCUUUCUCCGGUUUCCGUUUUAAAUUUUUUAUCUUCUCUUUGCUGCUUUGGCACAAAACGUGCAUAUCAAACAGGAUUUCAUGUACAGUCUGUUUGAAGGACCGGACGUACGUCUUCAUUCCUAAUUGUUCUGCUUUGGUGCGCUUGUCCUGAACUGAAAACCCCUGUGAACCUUUUCAGGUGCAGGAUCAUUCCCCGGGUUACCGCGCACGACUGGAGCCAUUCUUCGAUUUUAUCAUCUCAGUUUGUGACACUAGGCUGUAUGUCCGCAACAGAACAGGGACAACGACACCCUGAAAGAGCUGCUGAAAGUGAACGUGGAGAGGCCCGUCAAGAUGCUGCUGUACAACAGCAGGACGCAAACUGUCCGGGAGACGACCAUCACACCCAGCAACACGUGGGGCGGCCAGGGCCUUCUGGGGCUCAGCAUUCGCUUCUGCAGCUUUGAAAGGGCCAAUCAAAACGUUUGGCACGUCUUGGAGGUGGAGCCAAACUCUCCUGCAGGCCUGGCUGAUUUGAGGCCCUACGUUGACUACAUAAUCGGAGCGGACACGGCUAUGCGUGAGAGCGAAGACCUGUUCUCUCUCGUCGAAGCGCACGAAGGGAAGGAGCUGAAGCUCUACGUUUACAACACGGACGCAGACAACUGCCGCGAGGUGAUCAUCACCCCGAACUCUGACUGGGGCGGAGAUGGCAGUCUCGGAUGUAAGAUUGGGUUUGGUUACCUGCACAGGAUACCUACGCUUAAGGAGGAAAAGAACUCCCGUUCCCCUUCGCAGAAUCAUAAGGCGUCUCAUAUACCCAAAGACGGCUACACAGAGGUCCAACUCUCUGCUGUCAUUCCAACCGUUCCAGUUGUCGUCUCGUCUUCUGCUCCAAUUGGAUUAGAGCAGCCUCUCAGCAGCUUGUCAGUCAGCUCUGAGCCAACGGCUGUCCUCGUUAACACGCCGACAGGAAUUCCCAUCAUCCCACCGCCCAACCAUGUAAUUCCCAAGCAAACGCUCCCUUUGACUGUAAAUGGUGCUGCAACACAACCAGGCUUGAUUCCCCUUCCUGGAGCUAUUCCAGCCUUUCCUAAUUUCCCGAACCUAAACGCUGCUUUGCCAGAAGUGGGUCAUGUUCUGCCGCCUGGACUUGGGAUACAGCAUGACGGUCUUCCUCCUCUCAACCUUCCAGCCGCAGUUUCCAGUGUUACUCCUUCCGACUUCAUUUAUCCACCCGUUGCUGUUAAUUCACACCCCACCAUCUAUCCCUCUUCCACCAUCCACAUGAACAGUUCACUGACCAAAGCCCCCAACCAUUCAUCAGUGCCCAACUCGGGAGCAAUUAAUUUCACUGUAACUGUGGACUCAUCUUAGCACGAGGGAACUCAUAAAGACGACACCUCGCCCUCAAGUCCUUCCACAGCAUAAGCAGUCAGUCGCUGACAAAUGGGUCGUUUAAACCAUGUUUGCAUCCGAGCUCCUGGAGGACGCUGAAGAUACAUGCGAGGAGUUUCAGCUGAAUUUAGACAUAACUCAAGGCUGGUACUAUGCAUUUUCACUUGUCCCCAGAAGCCGAUCAUAAAAUGUGGGAAAACUAAUGCGGUUGUCGGCAUCAUUUCAUUUUAGUGGUUAGAUUACUGAAAAGUAUCGAGGAAGAUUUAAAAAAAAAAAGACGUUGCUGCUGAGGAUUCUUUUUUUUUUUCAGGUUUGUUUGCACUGUUGUAAAACCAUCUUUGAAAAAGAAAAUGCAUAGUAAAGUUUGUUAUAAUCUUGA